UUUAGAGGUUUUUGCUAAAAAUCCACAGAGAGGAAACCGGAGCUGUCGCCGGAGCCCGGAGGGGGGAGGACGUUGCCGGAGCUGCCACCGGAGGAGGAGAAGAUCUCGCGCAUGAACCGUCCGCAGGUGCAGUUACUGCUCCCUCGGCGGAAGAAGGGUCACCGCCGCCACUCUUCGAUGUUUCCGCCGCAGGAGGAGGCGGCUGCCGCGUCUCUGGUCGUGAGGUCCGUGAGCUUUCGGGAGACGCUCGCGCCCUUGAUGGAGGGUCCCGACUACGGCGGCGCCGCAGACGCCGACGAGGACAGGAGGAAGGAAGGGUGGACCCAAUGGGUGCGAAUCCAGCUCUCGCGUGUCCCCUCGAUGACCUCCUCGUCGGCUGCUGCUGCCGCCAACGCGUCCUCCUCCUCGUUCCGCUGCUCCGACCUCCGUCUCCUCUUAGGAGUCAUGGGUGCGCCGCUCGCCCCCAUCUACGUCACCACCAAUGACGGUUCGCCUCACCUCAGCAUCAAGGACACUCCCGUUGAAGUUUCAACCGCCAAAUACAUACUGCAUCAGUACAUGGCGGCUUCGGGCGGUCUGAAGCUCCAGAGAUCCAUCCGCAACUCCUACGCCAGGGGGAAGGCACGAAUGGUGGUGUCGGAGUUGGAGACCGGUACCAAAUUGAUCAGGAACAGAAGCAGCUCGUCGCGCACGGUUGAGUCGGGGGGCUUCGUCCUCUGGCAGAUGGCCCCAGAUAAGUGGUACGUCGAGCUAGCGAUCGGGGGUAGCAAGCUCGACGCAGGCUCCAAUGGCGAGGUUGUCUGGCGCCAUACGCCAUGGCUCGGCGCCCACGCUGCAAGAGGCCCCGUCAGGCCUCUUCGCCGCACUCUCCAGGGCCUCGAUCCAUUGACCACGGCCAGAAUGUUUGGCGACGCGCGCUGCAUUGGGGAGAAGAAGGUCGACGGAGAGGAUUGCUUUGUUCUCAAGCUCUGCGCUGAUCCUCAGAUCCUGCGAGCCCGAAGUGAAGGCCCGGUAGAGAUCAUCAGGCACGUCCUCUUCGGCUACUUCAGUCAGCGAACUGGGUUCCUCCUCCUCUUGGAAGACUCCAACCUCACUCGGAUCCAAGCCAACACCGGAGGCGACGCAGUGUACUGGGAGACCACCAUUAGUUCCUCCCUCCACGACUACUCCCUGGUCGAAGGAAUAAUGGUCGCCCAUUCCGGUCGCUCCAAUGCCACCCUUUACAAAUUCGGUGAGACGGCAGCGAGCCACACCAAAACCAGGAUGGAGGAGGACUGGACGAUCGAGGAAGUGGCCUACAACGUUCCCGGCCUCUCGGUGGAGUGCUUCAUUCCUCCUGAUAUAAGACGCGACUCGAUCACUGAAUCUUGCGAUCUUCCCCGGGCGAAGGUUUCGACAUUAGAAGCCAAAUCCAAAUGAUGCCUGAGAGAAAGUUCAUUUGGAGAUCAAAGCCUAGCGCCAUCAGGACCAUGAACAUGCAGCAGUACAGUGUUCACACUCCUGUUUAUUCAAUUAUAUAUGAAACAAGAGCAUAAUAUUAGUUGGUUCA